GUGGCGGCAGGAAGCCUCCGGGUGGCGCCAGCGAGGACCUCCGGCCGGCAGGGGGCGCUGCGGCAAGGACACGGGCAGCCGCUCCGCUCCUGGCUACGGCGAGAGCAGCAGCUUCCUGGCACUGGCCCGGCACGGCCGCCGCUCGCUGGUUCGCUGCUCUUGCGCUGCGCUCCGCUGCUCGGCCAGCCCUUCCCCGCCUCGCCUCAGGCCCGCAGCAGCGGCGGCGAAGACGACGACGACGGGCCAUGGCCGAGUGGAGCCCCGCCCAGGCCCUUGAGUGGGACGCGGAGCCCCAGCCCCUGGCAGCCCCUCAGCCCCUCAGCACCACUGAGCAAACGCCCAUGGGGGAUGUGCUCCCUGAGGCAGCAGAGCUGUCCCUGACAGUUGUGGCCGAAAUCCAAGCGGUGGAGAGCAAGGUGGAUUCUUACGCAGCACAGCUCAUGAGUCUGGAGGGCAGGAUGGGGAUGGCUGAGACGAAGCUGGAUGGCUGCGAGAAGACUGCGGUGGAGUUUGGGAACCAGCUGGAGAGCAAGUGGGCCGCCCUGGGGACCCUGAUCCAGGAGUAUGGGCAGCUCCAGAGGCGGCUGGAGAACAUGGAGAACUUGCUGAAGAACCGCAACUUCUGGAUCCUGAGGCUCCCCCCAGGCUCCAGAGGAGAAAUCCCCAAGGUCCCUUUGCUGUUUGAUGAAGCCUCCUGCAGUUUCUCUGAGCAAGAGUGGAGGAGUUUGGAUGAAGGGCAGAAGGACCUCUACAGGCACAUCAUGAAGUGCAACUACAAGGCCGUGGUCUCAAUGGAUGCCGCCAUUUCAAAACCUGACCUCCUUUCCCGGAUUGAGCAAGGGGAAGUCAUGGAUCAGGGGGAUGAGGAAAGAGAGCCCCUUAAAGAGUCCGUCCUGGGCUCUCCCAUUUGUGCUCUCAACGAUAGUUCCUGGAUAGAACAGGAGGAGAUGUCCCUUGUCAAAAGCAUGGGGGACUUGGAGGAGAGAGAAAUCCCUGGAGACUCCGACAUGGGCACUCCACAGCUCCUAGAGGAAGACCCGGAAAGCUUAGAGCUGCCUGGCAUGUUUCCCAGAAAAUGGACGGAGGUGUUCCAGGGUCCAGGUGAGGAACUGCUCUGUGAAAGCCAGCCCAUCUCCAUCACUCCUCCCCGGAAGCCUCCCGGGAGCAACCUGAGACGGUCGGCUCGCUGCGUGGGAGAUUCUCGGAAAGAGGACCCCUCCACGUUAGCGGUGGAAGCUCACAGCGGCCCAUACAUCUGCUGUGAGUGUGGGGAAGGCUUCCUGGACAAGCAGCUCUUCACUACCCACCAAAAGAGCCAUGGGGGAGGAGGGACCUACCCGACAAUGGACCUUGGAGGGGGCCUGAAGACAAAGCCCAGCCCAGCCACUCCCCAGCCGCGAGCUCAGGCUCCGGCCCGGCCCAAAGCUCCCAAGCGCCCUGAGCCCCAGAGAGGCCCCAGCCUCAAACCCAGUGCUGGGAAGCGCCCAGGAAACCACAUGGUGGAGCGGCCAUACACCUGCACGCAGUGCAAAGAGAGCUUCAAGCUGGAGGUGAGCCUCUUGCUCCACCAGAAGCUGCACACGGCAAAGGGGGACGGGCCUCUGACGUGCACCUACUGCGGCAAAGACUUCCGCGACCUUUCCAAGGCGGUCCGGCACCAGCGCAUCCACACGGGCGAGAGGCCCUACCAGUGCACAGAGUGUGGGAAGAGCUUCAUCCGGCGCGACCAUCUCCUCAAGCACUGGCGCGUCCACACUGGCGAGACGCCCUACCAGUGCGCCACGUGUGGGAAGAACUUCCGCUACAAGGAGUCUCUGAACUGCCACCAGAAGAUCCACACCCGCAACCCUACGGCGCACCACCUGGCUGUGGGGACUCACACCGGCCUCGUGGCCUUGAAGCAAGAGCAACCGUACGGCCCCAAGAGCGGGCAAGCCAGGCUCGGCUUGUACUUCUGUCCAAAGCGCGCAGGAGGGCGGCGGCGGCGGCGGCGAGUCCGAUGGGAUGUCCGAGCCGAAGAGCAGCGGAAGGAAAACCAAGGAGGGCCGAUCACCGGCUGCAGCCACAAGACACGCGGCCAGGUAGGCCAGUGCCAGAGGCGGCAGGUGGGGCGGCCGGGCGGGUUCAAGGCGGCCGGGGCAAGAGAUUCCAGCCCGCCGGGGCUGCUUCCUCCGCGGCUGAACCGCCCCCAGCCAAGCCGGCAGGCACGGAUUCCCCCCCCGCCCCCGCCCCCGCCCCCGCCCCCGGGUGUGUGUUCGAGCCGAGAGCCGAGCCGCGCUCCUGCCUCUGCAAGGCGAGCCGGGUCCCCCCGCAGGCCGGCCGGGCCGAGGCGGCGGCGAGCGUGCGCGGCUCCUCCUCUUCCCCUCUGCCCCCAGCGGACUCGGGACCCGCAGCGGCCACCUCCCCUCCCGCUCCUGCUUCGUAGCGCGGAUCCGUUCCGGGGCUGGGCGCCGCCGCUCCUCCUGCUCCUGCUCCUGCUCCUCCCUGCUGCCUGCCUGGGCCAGAGACCGAGUCUUGCUCGCUGGCUGAGGACGCGCCGCCUCUGCCUCCUCCUCCUCCUCCUCCUCCUCCUCGUCGUAGCGCGGCGGAGAACCGUGAUGGCUGCUGCGGCUGCUGGGUGGGAUUCUGCUGCCCAGGGUUUGGACUGGGAUGUGGCGUCUGUGCAGCCGGCUCGUUUGCAACCCUGCUUCCGUCCCAAGCGCAGCUGUGAGGAGGAACCCCACCAGCAGGCUGCCGAGAUCUCCCUUUGGACCGUGGUCGCUGCAGUGCAAGCUGUGGAGAGGAAGGUGGAUGUCCACUCUGGGCGGCUCCUGACUCUGGAGCGGAGGACAGGAUUGGCUGAGAAGAAACUCUCGGGCAUGGAGAAAGCCAUGAUGGAGUUUGGGAACCACCUGGGGGCCCUGCUCCAGGAAUACGGGCAGCUCCAGAGGAGGCUGGAGAACAUGGAGAACCUGCUGAAGAACCGCAACUUCUGGAUCCUGAGGCUUCCUCCAGGCUCUAGAGGAGAAAUCCCCAAGGUGCCCGUAACCUUUGAUGAGGUCUCUGUCUAUUUCUCGGAGCAGGAGUGGGGCAACCUGGACGAGUGGCAGAAGGAGCUCUACAAGCAUGUGAUGAAGGGGAACUACGAGUCCUUGAUCUCGCUGGAUUAUGCCAUUGCCAAGCCUGACCUGUUAUCGCGGAUUGAACGUGGGGAGGAGCCUUGCGUGGAGGAUCAGGGCCAUUCUGAGGAAGGAGGCGAGAUCCUCGGCAGUCUCAGCACAGAUGCUGGACUCUUCACUCUGGUGCACCCUGGGGAAGAGACGGGGCCUGGAGACCUAGGACUGUACAGUACACUGGAUCAGGCCGUGCUCCAUCUCCCUGAGCAGGGCCUGGCCUGUGUAGAUGGGCAGGUGGCUGGCCCUGGAGGUGGCUUGGAAGAAACCGCCGAGAGCGAGAGAGACUGUGGAGACUUCACCACCAUCAUUGUCCAGGAGGGGGUUCUGCCUGGGGAGGCGCCAUAUGUAUGCCCUGAAUGUGGGAAGAGCUUCCUCUAUGAGGAGCAGUAUGAGCUGCACCAGAGAACUCACCCCCACGUGUCUCCUGAACCCAGAGGGAGCCUCGCAGCAAACCUCCAGCCAGGGACCAAGAUGCACACCUGCCCUGAAUGCGGGCGGUGCUUCUCUCACCAGGGCAGCCUUAGCAAACACCGCCUGUGGCACUCAGGGGAGCGCCCGCACACGUGUGCCGAGUGCAAGAAGAGUUUCCGUCUGAAGAUCAACCUGCGCCUCCAUCAGCGGACGCAUGCGGUGGGCGGGAAGGUGGGCUCCUACAUCUGCGGCGAGUGUGGGCGGGGCUUUAACCACCACUCCAACUUCCUGCGGCAUCAGAUGAUCCACACUGGGGAGAGGCCUUAUGCCUGUGGCGAGUGUGGGAAGACCUUCAUCCGUAAGGAGCACCUUGCCACCCAUGGCCGGUUGCACACCGGGGAGCGGCCGUACCAGUGCCCCCUCUGCCAGAAAAGCUUCACCCGCAAGCAGCACCUGGUGGGGCACCAGCGCCUCCACGAGGCUGAGACACCCAGGCUGGAAAGUGGUCCACCAUCAAAACAGCGGCAAGACCAGUGGGGCAGAUCGAAGCCACGGGCAGAGGCUAAUGUGCUCCCUCUCGAUCGGGAGAUGUUCCCCCCCUAAGCAGUCUGGUAAAUGUUGCCAGGGAGCACUGACUGGGACCCAGAAGUGUAACUGUAUGAUGGGAAAGGGAGUAGUGGUGAUGGUGGCCAUCUUGGACUGAACCACUUGGUGUUCUCCAAUGACACUGGCUCGCUAUGGCUGGUGACAGAAAGCAAGGUCUUGUGGUCUGGAGCCAUGACGGAUUUCUACACACUCGCCCAAGAUGCAGGCAAAAUAAACACUGGAGAAAUGGA